ACCAACGAAGAAGAAGCAGAAAAAAAGUAAACAAAGACUAAAAAAAAAAAGCCAGCAUCUUCGGAGUUGGUGGGAGAGAGACAGAGAUGGAGAGGAGAAAGAUUGUGAUGUGUGGUGUUUUAUUUCUUCUUGGUUUAUUAUCAGCUGUUACUGCCUUCGUCGCUGAAGCUACUCGAAUCAAGGUUUCUUCUUCAGCACUUUUUAGGGUUUCUGUUUUUUAGUGAAAUUUGUGGUUUUUCUCAUGAUCUUUGGGUUAUUACAGCCACAAUGGUUUGUUGAAACUCUAUCUAAAGGAUUUUUGGGUUUUGUCUGCGUUUCUUUUUAUGUGUCGAUUUUGAAAUUCAUUGCCUGAAAAUGCGUUUGAGAUGAAAGCUUCAAUCUUUGAGAUGGGAGUUGAAUAAUAAUUGGUGGGAAACUCGUUGGUUUGGGAAUUUUUCAAUGAAACAAGAUCUCAGGUCACGGUUACCGUUUCGGAUUCAAUCACAAAAUGCACUUAUCCAAGAAGUCCAGCUUUCAAUCUCGGCUUCACUUCAGCUCUCUUUCUGAUGAUGGCUCAGAUAAUAGUCAGUGUCUCAAGCGGUUGUUUCUGUUGUAGAAAAGGUCCUGCUCCUUCAAGGUCUAAUUGGAUUAUCUCCUUAAUCUGCUUUGUUGUUUCCUGGUUCACUUUUGUAAUAGCUUUCCUCGUGCUGCUUUCUGGAGCUGCACUCAACGAUGAACACACCGAGGAAUCAAUGAAUGCUGGUACCUACUUUUGCUACAUAGUGAAACCAGGCGUUUUCUCUACCGGUGCUGUGCUUUCGCUUGUUACUAUUGCCCUUGGGAUUGUCUACUAUUUAUGUUUGACUUCAAAUAAGCAAAUUGUUGCUGCCACAACGACCCAAGGAACAGGAAUAGCAAUGGGGCAGCCUCAGAUUCCAGAGAGAGUAGAAGAUCCUGUUUUUGUUCAUGAGGAUACUUACAUGAGAAGACAGUUCACUUAAAAACAGACAAAGCUUGCUUGUAAAGCACGUUAGGUUUAGUAGAAGAUUUAGACAAAAUGAUUAACGGAUAUGUGUUUGAUUAAGAGUAUUGAAACUUUGUAAUGAUUGUUAUUCUUGAUUGAAGUAGAAAUCUUUGAGAACCCCAAAAACGUCACUUAGUUUUGUAGUUUUUUUCUC